GCUGGUCUUCUGGACAUCAAUGAGAAGGAGACUAUGCAACAUCUUAACCAGCGACUAUCUUCCUAUCUUGAAAAGGUUCAUUCCCUGGAGCAAGAGAAUGCUCAGUUGGAGAGAAAUAUUUGUGACUGGUAUGCCAACAAUGCACCAAAUAAUUUGCCAGAUUCCAGUCAAUACUUUAGAACCAUCCAGGAUCUCCAAAAUAAGAUCUUUUCCAUCAAUGUGAAUAAUGCACAAGUUGUCCUGCAAAUAGAUAAUGCACAGUUGGCAGCAGAUGAUUUGAGAAACAAAUAUGAAAUUGAGCUCAGUUUGAGAAGUAAUGUUGAAGCAGAUGUUAGUAGCCUUCGUAAAGCCUUGGAAGAGCUUAACAUGCAAAGACAAGAUUUGGAGAUACAAGUUCGAUGCCUUCAAGAGGAGCUUUUACAAUUAAAGAGCAAUCAUGAAGAGGAGGUGACCACUCUGAUGGCUCAACUGGGUGCUAGAGUCAACGUGGAAGUUGAUGCCGCUCCUUCUGUAGAUUUAAAUAAAGUCCUAUCUGAGGUUAGACAACAAUAUGAGAACCUGAUGGAGAGGAACCUCAGAGAGGUUGAGAGCAUAUUCCUUGCAAGGAGUGCAGAACUGAACCGUGAAGUUUCCUCUGGUGCUGAACAUCUACAGUCAGUUAGUAAUGAACUCAUAGACCUAAGACGCUCGGCUCAGUCCCUGGAAAUUGAGCUGCAGAGUCAACUGAGUUUGAAAUCAGCCAUGGAAAGCACUUUGGCAGAAACAGAAGCCACGUUUGGUUCCCAGCUUUCUCAGUUACAAGCAAUGAUUGAUAACAUCGAAGCUCAGCUUGGCCAGAUACGCUCUGACCUUGAACAUCAAAACAUUGAAUACAAAAUCCUUAUGGAUCAGAAGACCCAUCUGGAGAUGGAGAUCGCCACCUACAAACAAUUGCUAGAUGGCCAUGACAUACACGUUCCACUUCACCAUGGCACAGAACAUAAAGACAAGCUUCUGCAAAGCAAGUGCUAG